GUGAAUGGAGUGGAAGAGAGCGGAGACCAGGAGUCGGAAGUGACGGACCGUCCGAUCGCGAAGAAAGUGGCGAAACACGACUCGGGAGCGGCUGAUCUCGAAAAGGUGACCGACUUCGAGGAGGAACGCGAGAUAUCGUCCCAAGACAUCGAAAAUGCGAUGUCUUUGUUUGGCGACAAACGAUCGAAAGAGACGGCCGAAAGAGUGGCCCGAAUGAGGGAAUUGGCGAAAGUUGUCAUCAAUAAAGAAGACGUCGAACUCAUUAUGAAAGAGAUGGAAAUCCCGCGAUCGACGGCCGAACUCAAGCUCCGGGAGUGCGCCGGAAGUGUUGUCGAAGCGCUCAUAGCAUUAACCGAUUGAUAUUUUCAAUGAAUUACUAGUCGUUUUGUUUUAAUUCAUUCAUUCAUUCAUGUCUUCAUAAACUCAUCAUAAAAUGCAAUUCAUUUUGCGAUUCAUUAAAAAUAUAAUUCAAAUCUUUUA